ACUGAGCAAUAUUAAUAACAACUGUGCCACUUCAAAAACAUUUCCUACAUGACCAGUCAAUAUUUUAAAAACCGCGUUAAACGACGUCGCCGACGAUUCAGACACUUUGAUAAAACAAAAACAUCCAGCUAGCUAACUACUUUAUGUAUGAAGCCAUCUUCUUACCCGGAAAACCGGCCACGAGCCGGAAGUGCCAUCACUCUGGUAGUUGUAGUUCUUUACGAAAACCGCUCCAGCUUUCCUGUGCCAGCGACGAGCAGACGAAACUGAGAGUUCACCAACAACGCAGACAGGAAGGCGCUCUGAGUGGAGGGACAUGGGAGCAGAGCUAUGAACAUUGGACUGUCAGCCACAAGCAACCAGAGUAAGGAACACAACAGUCAAGCAAGAAUUGUUGAGGGGCUCAAGGAAAGUCUUCAAGGAGAGAGACAGCCAAGACACAGCGGGAAACAUGACUGACAGAGCUGAAGAUGCAAAGGUACUUGAUCAGUUGGUGGAAGCCUUAAAAUGUGAGGAGGACCCCAAAACCCCAGGACAUCCUUCCCAGUUAGAACUGGCCCAGUGUGAAGCAGACAUGGGGACGUUGCUGAGAAUCAUAGCAGAGCUGAAUGAGAAAAUGACUGGGCUACAAGCACCCAGGUGUCUAGACAAGAGUAACCUACAAGAGCAAGUGAUGACCACUGAUCCCAAAGCAGUGCCUGCCUCUAUCCCAAUGGACGAGCAUGUAUCUACCACCUCACCUAAUGGUUCAGUCACUCAAAAAGAAGAAAGUGUUGAACUGCAGCUGCAGGGAGCCUUAGAUGCUCUAGAAAGUUCCGUCAGACAAGGGAGAGCUUGGGUCACUCCUCAUAUUUCCUGCAAUAAGGAGAGUCCCACAGAACACUUGACUGCAGCAACCGAGAGCUGGGUCAAGGUCACGCAGGUCCUAGAUGAGAUGGAGAGAGAAUUCGGAAUCUCGUCCUCUUCGGAAUUACCAGCCGAAGAGCAUCAGAAAUACCAGAAAAAUGUCCUCACUUUAUACAAGCGCAACUGCAGCCUACGCGCUGCUCUGCACAGCCGGGAGGAGGAGCUAGACAGGUCAAAGGUCACACUGAGUGGGCUGGAGGAGGAGAGGAACAGGCUGCAGAUGAAGAUCCUGUCCCUCCAAAUAACUCUUCCAGUUGGGGGCAGUGUGUCCCCUCCCACAAGUCCUUCCAGUUCAUCAAGUGACGCCUGGAGUCCCUACUGGGCGACCCCUCCUUACCCUGGGUCACCUCAGAUGUCGAAGAGGUCUCCCAGCGCUUUCCCUGCCCUGUCAACAGGGGGCAGUGCUCCUUCUGCCAGUGCACACUGCAGCCCCAGUGGUGGGAUUGACAUGGACCGCCUGCAGAGGUGUGUAGAAAGGCUCAAGGCGCGGAACAAACGCCUGUCGGCUGCACUGGAGAGGAGGAAGGGCGAGUCCGAGCAGAUGAGCAUGAUUCUCAGCAAACACGAAGCCGACCACACUGCCUUGCAAAUGGCCCUGAAGUAUAGUGAGGACUGUGAGGACGCUUACUGCCAGCUGAUGGUGCUGUAUGAAGCCAAGAGACAAGGCGUGACGGGAGAGUCGAGAGAAACUGCAGGUGCUUUGCUGUGUGAGGUAUACCGCCGCUUCCCCCGUGCCUUCGCUGCGAAAUAUUUCAACAACACUAGCAAUCAAUUCACUGUCCUGUGUUUCAUCAGGGUGAUGUCAUCCGUGUUAUUGGAGCAAGAGAGGGGAAUUCGGGAGAGGAUCUCGAGGCUGAAGCGAGACGGGGCUGCGGUGUGCAUCCCCGAGCUGAGAGCGGAGGGAGAGGGUCAGCUCAGCCCAGACACAGGUACCCUGGCUCGAUGCAGCGAUCCAGAGCAAGCCGGGCCUCGCCACAGCAGCAGCGAAAAGGCCGUCCUCUUGUACGACUUGGUGACCGUCAGGGAGAAGAUGUCAGAACUGCGUGGGACGAUUCGACUGAUGGAACGAGAGAAGCGUUACCUCGAGUGGACGCUGACGGCGCAGAAGGAGCAGGACGUGGCUGGAGCGCUUAUAGCUGACUGCCUGAGGGAUGAACUGGAGGACAGACAAGCAGAGGAGAGGUUUAAGGGCGCACCGGUGCAUUCUGGGAGAGCAGUGUCUGGUCCCCGAAAUCGCACAAUCCUACGUGAGAUGCAGGCAGCGCAGCAACGUGAGCAAUUCUUAAAGCGACGAGUGACAGCUCUUCGCGAGUCACUGGAUGCCGCACUUGCAGACAGCGCCACCCGCAGGAGAUACUGUGAAGAGGAAAUGGCACAGCUGGCGCUCACCCACAGCAAGACCACUGGGACAUACCGGAGCAUGCGGCACAAGUUCCACGAGCAGCUAUGGCAGCUGGAGAAGCAGGCGAUGGCCACGUCAGAGCGACACGCCACCCAGAUCGCUGGGCUAAAGGCUACACUGGAGGCAUUGGAGACGAAGAGGGAGGAGACUGUGCUGUGAGCUUCACCUCGACCUGCCCGUCCAUCUGGGUCUGAUCGGGAGGCCGGGAAGAACAGCUAAGCUGCAGCACGUACCUACCAGCUAUGCUCUCAGGAGACCCAGGUCCUCUGUGCUGCCCCCUGCAGCUGCUCUGGGGUGCCGUUUCCAUGGGUAGGGUUUCAGAAAACACAGGGCCUUGUACACAUGAUCUGUUUUUUAAGAGCUAUGUGAUGACUGUGUUUAUGGGAACUGGACCCCAUGAAACAUGCCUGCUGUUCCACAAAGUACUGUGACCUUUGGUUUAUACUUGGCAUUGAUGAGAGACUAACCUUGGAUGUAUGUGAAAUGUUACAUGCAGUAGUGUUUGUGUACCGUUUUAAAAUGCAUGUUAGCUGCCUUUCCGCUCUUCAUAAACAUAAUAAACUACGUAAUUAACCAUG